AUGGCGCCGGCGUCGCGGUCCCGCAGCCCGGUCAGCGGCAGCCCCGAGCGCCGCGGCCGUCGGUCGCGCUCCCGGUCCCGCAAUGGGCUGAGGCGGCCGAGCCAUCGGCGGAGCCGCAGCUGGUCCCGUGAGCGCACCCCCGGUGGGCCGCGGGCCGCCGCGCACCACGGCCACUACCACGGCAAGGCCUGGCCCGAGUACUAUGAGAAGGAGAAGGAGGAGAUCCUGCGGCAGAGGAGACUCAACGAAAGAGAGAGGAUCGGAGAACUGGGGGCACCUGAAGUCUGGGGACUGUCACCAAAGGUUCCUGACCCUGAUUCUGAUGAGCAUACACCGGUAGAAGACGAAGAGGCAAAAUCUAAGAGCAGUUCUUCAGAUUCCAGCUCAGAAGAGGAAAAAAAGAAAAAGAAGAAGAAAAGGAAGAAGAAAAAGCGGAAGGGAUCCAAAAGAAAACGCAGAAAACAUUCUGAGGACAGCGACAGUGAGUCGGAAUCUGAGGACUCCAGUGAUGAAGAUAGAAAGAAAAGCAGGAAGAAGAAAAAGAAGAACAGAAAGAAGAAGUACAAGAAAAAGAAAAAUAAGAAGAGCAGGAAGGAAUCCAGUGAUUCAAGUAGUGAAGAUUCUGAUGAAGAAAUGUUUCAAGGGGAAGAUCUCUGGAUUGAGAGAUCAAAAAAUAUGGAAACUGAUAGCUUGAUUGGACCAGAAGCUCCCAAAACUCAUGCAUCUCAGGAUGACAGGCCUUUGAACUAUGGACAUGCCCUCUUGCCCGGUGAAGGUGCAGCAAUGGCAGAAUAUGUAAAAGCAGGAAAACGUAUACCCCGGAGAGGUGAAAUCGGCUUGACCAGUGAAGAGAUCGCGUCGUUUGAGAGCUCUGGUUAUGUCAUGAGUGGCAGCAGACAUCGCCGAAUGGAAGCUGUGCGUCUGCGUAAAGAGAACCAGAUUUACAGUGCAGAUGAGAAGAGAGCUCUGGCAUCCUUCAACCAGGAGGAAAGAAGAAAACGAGAGAAUAAGAUCCUUGCUAGUUUCCGAGAGAUGGUCUACAGAAAGACUAAAGGCAAAGAGGAAAAAUAAUCCUUCAUUUGGACUGGACACCACAGGUUCUGCCAAGCAGCAGCUGACCUAUUCCAGUUGUGACUUGACAAAAAACCUUCCAGUGCUGCAGUGCUUUUCACCCAACAGGGUCAAGCCUCAGGAGUGGAUUCCUUGGAUCAAGGAAAAAGCUGCUUUUGUCAGAUUUUCUUGGAUGGUUUGCUCUCUGUUCACAAGAAAUCCCUGUAAAAUGAAAGGGUACAAAAGGCAGGGAAAGCAGGAACAGGAAGGUAAGAUGAAAGGUGCAAUGCUCUAAGCUCACUUUGAAUCAGACAAGCGGAAGAAUUCCAUGGGAGGGCUUUGUUACCUAAUGCUGAUAAGUGAGAUUUUCCAUGUGUUUUGAUUAAUCAUAGAAUAAUUCAGGUUGCAAAAGACCUUAAACAAGCUACUGGAAACAGUAGCAAAAACGAAGGAAUUCCUAAGUUCCUGUUUAAGAUCCAGGUCUCUCUACUUGAUCUAGAUCUGGUUUUGUUGGUUUUUUCCUCAACACAGUUUUGUUUAGUUUGUGGUUCAAACUAGACCUGUAAAUAGAAAUUGGUUUGUAAUUUAAUACAGAUGGGCUUCUUUUACUUUAAAGCAAGCAGACUGCAACUUGGUGUAUUGCAACUUGGUGUCUGAGGUGUAUUACAUAUCCAUGGAGGCCUGUGGUGAAGAACUGAGUUGCUUGCUUCUUUUUCUCCUAUGUCAUACAUAGGUAUCAGGAGCAGUAGGUGCAGUGAUUGGAACCCCUGGAUGUACACAGGUGAUAACAAGGAUGUAUCUUUCAAUUUAUUUGAAAUUCCUUUGUUUAUGGAAGUGUCUAGAGUAAAACCCUAUUUUAAUUUCUCUGCUAUUUUAAUUUGGUCUGGUUUAGCAGCAUUAUAUGCAUUUCUUUAAACUGUACUUGGAGGCUUACUCUGGAUAGUGCUUCUGUGAGUCAGCUGCAUAUUUCCAACCAUACCCUCUGAACUGCCUUUUUCUCAGAUGCUUUUAAAACCAAAGUGUUUUCUAGACAGUUGUUUUGUUCACCUCAAUCUCUGUGUUGUACUUCUGGCAGCAGAGAGAUAUCCUGUAUGUUUGUAUAAAGAAAAUAAAAGUCCUGUAAUAUUUGG